CCAGGUGUGAGGGACUCUCCCCUGGCUAUUUCUGAAUCUUUAAAGAAGGGGACCCACAGGGACUGGGGCACCUAGGCUUGCAGGCUUUGUGCUGUGUAGGUGCCGCCUGCUGGCAGAGAGGGACCAGACUGAGCCUGACCUGAAGCUGUCAUCUGUCCUGCCCUGUUUCUCUCCAGACCUGACCUGUACUAGGGCAGGGUUCAUGCCCUGGCAGUGGCAUUCUCCUAUCUUCCUGGCCAUUGCCAGUUGCCACCCAUGGCUUAUCUUUCUCCCGAUGACCCUGCAGGCCACAGCUGUCUGGUGUGGUAUGAAAGCAACACCCCACUGAAGGCUGAAGUUGGGGUGCAUGAGUGUAUUGAGUAUGGGCAGGUAUGCAGCAAGUGCUAAGUGCACAUCUCCAAGGCCAUUCAUUAUCUUGUCCUGAGCCCAUGUUUGCUGUGACCAGGCCCUCUAGGGGUCCAUGCUCUGGAGACUGUGGGGGUCAGUUUGUUAGGGCCAUUCCUCCAUGGCCUGAGUACAGCUGCGUGGCUCAGGCCAACCCUGGGACUAAGUAAGAGUCUCCCAAGGUGACAUCAGUGAUGCCGCAGGCCCUGGGCCCUGCAGUCCCCGAGGCUCCCUGGGACUCAGGCCACCAGCCGCUUCCCCUCUAGAGAGACCUCCUUGCUGGCUUCAAACAGCACAGCUCUGAUCCCCAAACCUUUGGCCCUUUGGAGGCCCCAGCCCAGUGCCCGGCAGUCACAGGUGCUGAGUGCGCCCACGCCUCCUGCUGCUCUGUGUCAGCGUUGGAGACCCCCAUGGGGGACCCAGUGCAUGCAUGGCUCCCGCAGCCCCGCCAGUCGGUGCUGCAUGCACAUUGGAGGCAAACAGCCACGGCCCCCUUCCUGCUCCUCGGGGACCCCCUUCCACGGCUAGCCCCCUCCUCACCUCAUCCUCAUGUGCAUACCGGGGCUGGAACAAGGCGGGUGAGGGGCCUGCCCUACUGGGCACCAUCUCCAUUAGCUGCUUGACUCUCCCUGGUAGGUCUGAGAGGCUGCACCUGUCCCUGGGGUCAGGGUUUGGGCUCCCACAAAGGGCAGGGCAGCCGCUCCCAGCCUCUUGGGGACAGGGCCUGGGAGCAAGCAGAAGGGGCACAGCUGGGCAGCCUUCCCUCAGUGGUGCCCAGGCCGGCCGCUGUGACCAUGAAGGUCUCGGCAGGGAGGCGGUGGGACUGCUAGGGUGUGUCGGGUCUCCACCCCAGGCCUCUUUGUUCCAGCGGGUCCCUCAAGCUCUAUCAAUGAAAUCCUGGGCCCAUGCCCAGGACAACAGCCAGAGCCUCCACAGCCACAUCUAUCAGGUGCCUACUGUGUGCCAUGCGAUGCACCUGAUGGGAUCCUUCCGGCUCCACAGAUGGCGGGGCCCUGCUAGGAGAGGCUGCGGACAUGCCUGUGGUUCAGGCGUGGGUCAGUGGCUGUGUGGGGACUUCGCCACAGUACCCGGGCUGGGUCAGAGGAUGGCCCCAAGGGGGUGAGAGAAGGCAGCACUGGGGAAAGAACGGGGUGGGGUCAGUGCACGCGGCCCCAGCACAGUGGCUGGGAAGCUGGCCUAGUGCAAACAUUGUACCCACCUCCUGGCCCUGGCCAGAGACUCUGGGUAAGAGGGAGGACCCCUGGGGCCUGGGCAGAGUCCCAUCACCCGCCCCUGCUGGCCCCCGCCGGCCAGCUGUGUCUGGGGUUGGCUCCCCUGGGCACCCAGCCUCUACCCGGGUCAGGUCUGGGCGCUCCCACAGCACCUUUGCUUUUUCAGGAUCCCCUUGGCCGAAAGUCCAGGUGCUGGCUGCCGGGCCACAGGCGGCCUGUUUGGUAAACGCUCUACGGUGGCAGCAGUGGGGCUCCGGAGGGGUGACAGCUGCCAACACAGGCUGCCUUGGCCAAGCAUCAGGCUGGGCAGGGGCUCCUGGGCAGGGAGGCCAGAGUCAUGCAGGCCACUGCUGCCCACCGGCUACCACUGAUUCAUGCCCCAUCUUGCCCUGCCCCAGGUUGCCUUUGGGGAACACUGCAGAACCCUGGCCCAGCUCUACUGGCCCCAUCCCCAGCAGGUGCUGUAUGGGUUCUGCUGAAGGGAAGGUGGCGGACAGAGCGCCCAAAGGCUGGAACCAGCUGGACCACUGGAGGGUCCACUCUGUCCUGGGACAGUGACGCUGGCAAGGAAGGGGUGUGACCUGGAGGAGCUGGGCGUGCUGAGGAAGCCAGCAGGCCAGUCCAGGUCUCCAACACGGGUACAUGUUUGGGGGGCGGCGGGGAGGCGGGGUCAUACCUGAAGUCAAUUCCAGGCGGCCCAGGGAUGUGGCUGCAAUGAUUAGAUCCUAGCCUGGCCCCCUGCAGUGCCAGAAGGCCCAGUACCUUGACCUCUUAGUUCCCCCAAACCUCAACCCUGUCUGGGACUUGUGGUGGGAGGCUGUGGACACCCAUGGCUCAGCCAUGGGGAC